AUGGCUCCAAAGACUGCAAAGACGCAAAUCACCAGAUUCGGAACCAGUGACCAGAUCAGGGCCACGAGACUCUACUAUGAUCAGUUUCAGCAAACCAUCAACUCCAUGAAGGAACAUAGCCAGGCGGCGCAUCUUCAGCAGUUCAUCGACCGGUUUUCGUGGGAGACCAAGCGGAUGUAUCCCUCUGCGUUGGCCAAUCCUACUGCGGCUGAUGCAGCUCAGCGAGAGGUUGAUGCCAUCAUGGCUGAACAAGAAGAUGACGAUGAUGACGAUGAGGAGUCUGAAGAGAGUGAAGAAGAGCCACCACCAAAGAAGUCAAAGGCCAAGGCCAGGAAGCCCACCGUAGGAGCGGCUGAUGGCAAUGAGGUUGAUGACGAUGGAAAGGACCCGAAGAAACGUCUACCACGAGGUGGUGGUGCUAGGCGCAGGCCUGCCAGAAUCCCAACUACCGAUGACGAAGACGAAGACACCGGCAAAGCUGCAGCCAGAAAGAAGAAGCCAGCACCCGAGACGACUACCUCGGCAGGCAUAUCCAAGGCUACCAAAGAGGCGAAUCUCAAGAAAGAUGGCACGUCUGCUCUCCCUACCGUGGAGGGAAAGACCACGAGAAAGGGAUCGUCGCAGGCUGCUGCGAAGAAACCAGCUACCAAGACGGAGGCGAAGAAACCUGCCAACGACACGAAGAAAGCUGAAUCUUCCAAGACGGUCAAAGCGUCUGAGGAGAAGCCUGCUCGCGGCAAGAAGAGAGCCGCUGAUCAAGACGAUGAUGAAGAGGAAAUUGCACCACCGUCAAAGCGAACCAGAAGCUCGCCCAAGCCCGGUGUUCAGAAGAAGAAGAAGACAACUCCCACCAAGAAGUCGAGCGCCACUCUCGAGCAAGCUCCUCCAAAAGCAAAGACUGCCAAGGUCACUGGUACCAAACGCGCUGCCUCAGAAGAUCUGCCAACAAGCGGCGAAUCGGUAGCGGUUGAGCCACCUGCGAAGAGAGCGAAGACAGCCCCGGCGAAGGCCUCCACGUCCAGCAAGGCGACGCGAAAGAGUCCAGGACUGUCCUCGCCAGAAGAGGAGCCAACUAAGAAGCGCACCACACGGGGCAGGAAGGCGAAAUAG